UUCAGUUCUCAUUCGUCGUUCAACGUAAAAUGUUCUGCGAGGCGUUUUAACUCUGGCCUUUAUUUCUGACGAUUUUUCUAUUCCGGUCAUGGCUUUUCUUUUUAAACUACUUACCCUCUUGGCAGUGGCCGCCAUUUUUAUCCAAAUGACACUUGCACUGGAGUUUAUGGAUGAAGACUUCCUGGCCAACGAUGAUGGUCAUCACUUGGACGAAGAGUCCGCUGAAGUACCUGGAAUUUUGACUGGUUAUACCAGAGAUACGAUCGCUCACUUUAAUCCUCGCAAAGUAGAUGGGGGAUUUCGACAAUUGUGGGAACGUGUUCCUCUCCAAAAAGUCGAUGAUAUUAAGCGAAGAUAGGAACACUUACUCAUUCCUUAUACUCGAUACUCCAAAUGAUGAUUACGUACAAUUUAAAAAAUACCAUUUUCAUCAACUUUUUUUUGAAUAUGCUAUUUAUGAUAUUAUUUUAAAUGAAAAUCUUAAGAAAACAAUGUUUAAUGUUUUCUUAAGCUUUUCAUUUAAAAUAAUAUCAUAACUAACUAAUAUUUAUUAUAUACAUUUUAAUCGUACUAGGUGGUUGGAAUGCUUGAAGCCUAUAUUAAAAGAACUUUAAUCCAAA